AUGCAUAUCUUUAGGACUAAGGAAGAGGCCGAAAACCAUCUACGGACAAAGUUCACAGAUGCGCAUGAGGUCAAGGAGAUCAUGAAGAAAUACAACAUAUCUAUGAAGAGGGGAUGCUACAACUCUUAUGAAGCCAAAGUGGUUGACUCGGCCAUACAAAAGUUUCUGAAGGAGAACAAGAUGGAGAUGAAGAACUUGUAUAGUUUUUUUCUCGAGGAGGAGCCGGAGUUCCCAAUCCGAGAGCUCUUGAUUGAAGUGAGCAAUGCACUGAAGCAAAGAACAAUGAAUUCCUUAUGGGUCUAUGUUUCCUACCACUACCAUCCAUACAUUGAUUCAAAAUGGGAGCCCGAGAACGAAAUUCAGCUUCUGAAUCUUGUCAGAAUCUUUGGAUUCAAGUGGAAGAAGAUAUGCGGGAUAAUGAACAAGACCUCUAGAAAGUGCAUUUCCAAGUACUAUAGAAUAAUGGGAUUUGGCUACUUGUAUAGGAAAAGCUUCAAGAUGCCUGAGGAGGGGAUUCCAACUACGGAUGAAGAGUGGGAUGGAAUGUGUGAGAAGCUCAAGACCACCCGAAAAAGACUGUCGCACUUGAUAAACGGAUACAUAUCAAGCAAACUUGUUGUGCCCUUCUGGAACGAAUACAACAACAUGGCGCUUAUGGGCUAUGUUAUAUUGCACAACCACUUCUGCUCAAUCGGGAUACAGAUUUCCGAAAUUCUUAAGCUUAUAGAUGAAAGUGGCAUUGAAGGGGAGGAGACGGUGGGGCGAGAAAGGAUAAAAGAAGAAAUCUCCAAGCUAAUUCCAAGGCUGGACAGUUAUACACUGGACAUUCCAAUUGAUGUCGAGGAUAUUUUCUGGAGAACCAUAAAAUUAUAUGUGAGAUUUUCUUCUACAUUACUGAAGUCGAGGUUUAUCCAAAUUACAAAGGUUUAUGGAAUCAGAACGUUCAAAGAUUUGAUUGAGGUGUUUCAGAACCUGGCUGUUGAUUGCUACCUGUACAAAAUAAAAGACAAACUCCGGGACGAAGUGAGGAAGAUCUUAAGCCAAGAGAAGACAAGACGAAGGUCCACCAAGGAGUUGGUAAUUGACAGAGGCAUAAGCAGAACUGUAGACUCUUGCUGUGACUAA